AGUUGUUCUCUGUGUACUUCAAUCUGUACCUUAAACCUGCACAAGACAUUAAUAGAGUUUUAGUGGCUAGAAUAAUUCAUGCUGUGGCCAGAGGGUGCUGUUCGCAAACUGAUGGAUUGAAUUCCAAAUUGUUGGAUUUCUUUUCCAAAGCGAUUCAUCAUGCAAGACAAGAGAAGAGCUCUGCAGGUCUAAACCAUAUCUUAGCAGCAUUUGUUAUCUUCCUCAAGACGUUGGCUGUUAACUUUCGAAUUUGCGUGUGUCAGUUAGGAGAUGAAGUUCUUCCUACCUUGCUUUAUAUUUGGACUCAACACAGACUUAAUGAUUGUUUAAAAGAAGUGAUUAUUGAAUUAUUUCAGCUGCAAAUUUAUAUCCGUCAUCCAAAGGGAGCUAAAACCCAAGAGAAAGGUGCUUAUGAAUCAAAUAAAUGGAAAAGUAUCUUAUACAACUUAUAUGAUCUGCUGAUUAAUGAGAUAAGUCAUAUAGGAAGCAGAGGGAAAUACUCUUCAGGAUCCCGUAAUGUUGCUGUCAAGGAAAAUUUGAUUGACCUGAUGGCAGAUAUUUGUCACCAGGUUUUUAAUGAAGAUACCAGAUCUUUGGAGAUUUCUCAAUCUUACGCUAUCACACAAAGAGAACUUAAUGAUUACGGUGCAACUUGCAAAAAGAGGAAAAUAGAAUUAGGCUGGGACGUAAUAAAAGAUCAUCUUCAGAAGUCACAGAAUGAUUUUGAUCUUGUGCCUUGGUUACAGAUUGCAACCCAAUUAAUAUCAAAAUAUCCUUCCAGUUUACCUAACUAUGAGUUGUCACCAUUACUGAUGAUACUGUACCAGCUUCUGCCUCAGCAGCGACAUGGGGAGCGCACGCCAUACGUGUUACGGUGCCUUGUGGAGCUUGCAUCGUGUCAAGGCAAGAAAUCAGACCUGGAAAGCUCACAGAAAUCAGAUUUAUUGAAACUCUGGACUAAAAUUUGGUCUAUUACUUUUCGCGGUAUAAGUUCUGAACGAAUACAAGCUGAAAACUUUGGCUUACUUGGAGCUAUAAUUCAAGGUGGUUUAAUUGAGGUUGAUAGAGAAUUCUGGAAGUUAUUUACUGGGUCAGCCUGCAGACCUUCAUGUUCUGCAGUGUGCUGCUUGACUUUGGCCCUGACCAUCUGCGUUGUUCCAGAAACAGUAAAGACAGGAGUGGAGCAGAAUACAUGUGAAGUAAAUAGAAGUUUUUCGUUAAAGGAAUUGAUAAUGAAAUGGCUCUUAUUCUAUCAGUUAGAGGAUGACUUUGAAGACAGUACCGAGCCGCCCCCAGUUCUUCACAGUAAUUUUCCUCAUCUUGCGCUGGAGAAAAUUCUUGUGAGUCUCACUAUGAAAAACUCUAAAGCUGCAAUGAAUUUUUUCCAAAGAGUGCCAGAAUGUGAACAACACCACAAAGAUGCAGAGGAGUCUUCGUUCUCAGAAAUUGAAGAACUGUUUCUUCAGACAACUUUCGACAAGAUGGAUUUCUUAACCAUUGUGAAGGAAUGUCCCGUAGAAAAGCUCCAGUCCAGUGGAGGCAUUUCUGUCCACCAGAACCUCAAGGAAUCAUUGGAUCGCUGUCUUCUGGGGUUAUCAGAACAGCUUCUAAAUAACUACUCCUUUGAGUCUACAGAUGCAGAAACGCUUAUCCGAUGUUCAAGUCUUGUGGUGGGUGUUCUUGGCUGCUAUUGUUACAUGGGUGUAAUAGCUGAAGAGGAAGCAUAUAAAUCAGAGUUGUUCCAGAAAGCCAAGUCUCUCAUGCAGUGUGCCGGAGAAAGUAUCACUGUGUUUAAAAAUAAGCCCCAUGAAGAAUCUAGGAUUGUCUCGCUGAGAAAUUUGAUGCAUCUCUGUACACGUUGCUUGUCUAACUGUACCAGGCCCAGUCCAAGUAAGAUUGCAUCUGGAUUUUUCCUGAGAUUGUUGACAUCAAAGCUAAUGAAUGAUAUUGCAGAUAUUUGUAGAAGUUUAGCAUCCUUCAGCAGAAAGCCGUUUGACUAUGGAGAAGUGGAAUCAGUGGAAGAUGAUCCUGACGAAAGUCUGAUGGAGGCGGAGGAUCAGUCAUCCAUGAGUCUAUUCAGUGAUUACCCUGCCGGCAGUGUUAGUGAUGCUAACGUAUCUGGAGAGGGUCAAAAUACUAUUGGUGCCAUGAAUCCUUUAGCUGAAGAACAUCUUUCAAAGCAAGAUCUACUUUUCCUCGACAUGCUCAAGUUCUUGUGUAUGUGUGUAACUACCGCUCAGACUAGUACCGUGUCGUUCAGAGCAGCUGACAUUCGGAGGAGACUGUUAAUGUUAAUUGAUUCCAGCAUGCUGGACCCUGCUAAAUCCCUCCACCUGCACAUGUAUCUAGUGCUUUUAAAGGAGCUUCCUGGAGAAGAACAUCCUUUGCCGAUGGAAGAGGUUGUUGAACUCCUAAAGCCACUAUCCAACGUGUGUUCUUUGUAUCGCCGUGACCAGGAUGUUUGCAAGACAGUUUUAAACCACGUCAUUCAUAUAGUGAUGAACCUGUGUCAAGGCAGUAUGGAUGCUGAAAACACAAGGGAUGCCCAAGGGCAGUUUCUAACAGUGAUUGGAGCGUUCUGGCACUUAGCAAAGGAGGGGAAAUGCACAUUCUCUGUAAGAAUGGCACUAGUAAAAUGCCUUAAAACUUUGCUCGAGGCUGAUCCUUAUUCAAAAUGGGCUAUUCUUAAUGUGAUGGGCAAAGAGUUUCCUGUGAACGAAGUCUUUCCACAUUUUCUUGCUGAUAAUCAUCAUCAAGUUAGCAUGUUGGCCGCAGAGUCCAUCAAUAGAUUAUUCCAGGAUAUGAAGCACGGAGGUUCUUCCACAUUAUUGAAAGCACUUCCUUUGAAGCUUCAGCAAACAGCCUUUGAAAAUGCAUACUCGAAAGCUCAGGAAGGAAUGAGAGAAGCCCACAGAGCUGAGAACGCUGAACUCGUAGAUGAGGUUUAUAACAGAAAAUCUGUCCUGCUGAUGACGAUGGCUGUGAUUUUAUGCUGCAGCCCCGUCUGUGAGAAACAGGCUUUGUUUGCCCUGUGCAAGGCUGUGAAAGAGAGUGGAUUAGAACCUCACCUCAUUAAAAAGGUUUUAGAGAAAGUUUCUGAAACCUUUGGGUACAGACAUUUAGAAGACUUCAUGGCUUCUCAUUUGGAUUAUCUGGUUUUGGAAUGGCUGAAUCUUCAAGAUACUGAACACAGCUUAUGUUCUUUUCCUUUUAUUUUAUUAAACUACACAAAUGUUGAGGAUUUCUAUAGAUCUUGUUACAAGGUUUUGAUCCCACAUCUGGUGAUUAGAAGUCGUUUUGAUGAGGUGAAGUCCAUUGCUAAUCAGAUUCAAGAGGAUUGGAAAACUCUUCUAACACACUGUUUUCCAAAGAUUCUUGUAAAUAUUCUUCCUUAUUUUGCCUAUGAGGGUACAGGAGAAAGUGAGACAGCACAGCAGAGAGAGACUGCUACCAAAGUCUACGACACACUCAAAGAUGAAAACUUUCUAGGAAAACAGAUUGAUCACUUAUUCCUCAGUAAUUUACCAGAGAUUGUUGUGGAGUUACUGAUGACGUUACACGAACCAGCAACUUCUGGUGGCAGCCAAAGCACUGACCUCGGUGACUUUUCAGGGGAUUUGGACCCUGCUCCUAACCCACCUCAUUUCCCAUCACACGUGAUCAAAGCAACGUUUGCCUAUAUCAGUAAUUGCCAUAAAACCAAGCUUAAAAGCAUCUUAGAAAUUCUUUCCAAAAGCCCUGAUUCCUAUCAGAAAAUUCUUCUAGCCAUAUGUGAACAAGCCGCUGAGACAAAUAAUGUUUAUAAAAAGCACAGAAUUCUGAAAAUAUAUCACCUAUUUGUUAGUUUAUUACUGAAAGACAUAAAAAGUACCUUAGGAGGAGCGUGGGCCUUUGUUCUUCGAGACGUUAUUUACACUUUGAUUCAUUAUAUCAACAAAAGGCCUUCUCGUUUCAUGGACGUGUCGUUACGAAGCUUCUCCCUGUGUUGUGACCUGUUAAGCCGGGUUUGCCACACAGCAGUCACUUACUGCAAGGAUGCUUUAGAAAAUCACCUUCACGUCAUUGUCGGUACACUCAUACCCCUUGUGGAUGAUCAGAUGGAGGUUCAGGAACAGGUAUUGGACUUGUUGAAAUACUUAGUGAUAGAUAACAAGGAUAAUGAAAACCUCUAUAUGACAAUUAAACUUUUAGAUCCUUUUCCUGACCAUGAUGUCUUUAAGGAUUUGCGUCUUACUCAGCAGAAAAUUAAAUACAGUAAAGGACCCUUUUCACUUUUGGAGGAAAUAAAUCAUUUUCUCUCCGUGAGUGUUUAUGAUGCACUUCCUUUGACAAGGCUCGAAGGGUUGAAGGAUCUUCGCAGACAGCUGGCACAACAUAAAGAUCAGAUGAUGGAUCUCAUGAGAGCAUCUCAGGAAAACCCACAAGAUGGCAUAAUGGUGAAACUAAUCGUCAGCUUGUUGCAGUUAUGCAAGAUGGCAGUGAGCCACACUGGUGAAAGAGAAGUUUUAGAGGCUGUUGGAAGCUGCCUGGGAGAAGUGGGUCCUAUAGACUUCUCGACGAUAGCUAUCCAGCAUAGCAGAGAUACAUCUUCUACCAAGGCCCUGGAGUUCUUUGAAGAUAAAGAACUUCAGUGGACCUUCCUAACGCUGACCUACCUGAAUAAUACGCUAGUAGAAGAUUGUGUCAAAGUGCGAUCAGCUGCUGUUACCUGUUUGAAAAGCAUCUUAGCCACAAAGACUGGACAUACUUUCUGGGAGAUUUAUAAGACGACAACUGAUCCCAUGCUGAUCUAUCUACAGCCUUUUAGAACAUCGAGAAAAAAGUUUUUAGAAGUACCCAGACUGGACAAAGAAAGUCCUUUAGAAGGCCUGGAUGAUACGAGCCUGUGGACUCCUCAAAGUGGAAAUCAUGACAGUUGGAUAAAGAGGCUAACUUGUGCAUUUUUGGAUAGUGGAGGCACAAAGAGUGAAAUUCUUCAAUUAUUAAAGCCAAUGUGUGAAGUGAAAACUGACUUUUGUCAGACUGUGCUUCCAUACUUGAUUCAUGAUAUUUUACUCCAAGAUACAAAUGAAUCAUGGAGAACUCUGCUGUCUACACACAUUCAGGGAUUUUUCACUAACUGUUUCAGACACUCCUCACAAACGAGCCGAUCCACAACCCCUGCAAAUUUGGAUUCAGACUCAGAGCACUUUUUCCGAUGCUGUGUGGAUAAAAAGUCGCAGAGGACCAUGCUUGCUGUUGUGGACUACAUGAGGAGACAAAGGAGACCUUCCUUAGGAACCGUUUUUGAUGAUGCUUUCUGGCUGGAGUUGAAUUACCUGGAGGUUGCUAAGGUGGCUCAGUCUUGUGCUGCUCACUUUACAGCAUUGCUCUACGCAGAAAUUUAUGCAGAUAAGAAAAGCACAGAUGACCAGGAGAAAAGAAGCCUUAUGUUUGAAGAAGCAAGCCAAAAUACAACGAUUUCUAGUUUGAGUGAAAAAAGUAAAGAAGAAACUGGAAUAAGUUUACAGGAUCUGCUCUUAGAAAUCUAUAGAAGUAUCGGAGAGCCAGAUAGCCUGUACGGCUGUGGUGGGGGGAAGAUGCUCCAGCCCCUUACCAGGCUGCGAACGUACGAGCAUGAAGCCAUGUGGGGGAAAGCCCUGGUGACAUAUGACCUUGAGUCGGCAAUCUCCUCAUCCACCCGCCAGGCAGGAAUCAUCCAGGCCCUGCAGAAUUUGGGACUCUGCCAUAUCCUUUCCGUCUAUUUAAAAGGAUUAGACCUUGAAAAUAAAGAGUGGUGUGCAGAGCUGCAGGAGCUCUGUUACCAAGCAGCGUGGAGGAAUAUGCAGUGGGACCACUGUGUUUCUGCCAAUAAAGGAAUGGAGGGAACCAGUUACCAUGAAUCCGUGUACAAUGCUCUACAGUCUCUGAGAGAUAGAGAAUUCUCCACAUUUUAUGAAAGUCUCAAAUAUGCCAGGCUGAGAGAAGUGGAGGAGCUGUGUAGGGGCAGCCUCGAGUCCGUGUACUCGCUCUACCCCACCCUCGGCAGGCUGCAGGCCAUUGGAGAGCUCGAAAACAUCGGGGAGCUUUUCUCCAGGUAUGUGGUUCCUGCGAUGCUGUGCCUCUCCCCUGAGGGCAGGUCUGCUGUGUGCAGUGAGCCCUGCCCAGAGAACUAAGACAGAGGGUGAGCCUUGACCGGAGGACUGAGACAGGAGGUGAGCGCUGACCAGGGAACUGAGACGGGAGGUGAGCGCUGACCGCUGAAACAUUUUCAAAAAUAUUUACUGUAAAAAUUCCGGUUUUUAAAAUUUAGCAUCAUUGUGCUGAUUCACAGCUUUCCCCCUUCCUACCCCAGGUAAAAUUGCUUUUCCAUGGUUUUUUUCGCCAUAGCACGUGAUCGGCCAUUCUGUCUUCAGCACUGUGUUGGCAUUGGUGUUGUUUUAGGUCUAUGCUGCCAUGCUGUACUAGAAGCAUACUUUUUUUUUUUUUAAUGAAUAUAAUUUAUUGUCAAAUUGGCUUACAUACAACACCCAGUGCUCAUCCCAAUAAGUGCCCUCCUCAGUGCCCAUCACCCAUUUUCCCUCUCUCCUACCCCCCCAUCCACCCUUAGUUUCUUCUCUGUAUUUAGUAGUCUCUUGUGGUUUGCCUCCCUCCCUCUCUGUUUGUACCUAUUUUAUAUUUUCCCCUUCCCUUCCCCCAUGGUCUGUUCAGUUUCUCAAGAUCCCCAUAUGAGUGAAAACAUGAUAAUCUAUCCUUCUCUGACUGAUGUAUUUCACUCAGCAUAAUACCUUCCAUUUCCAUCCACGUUGCUGCAAAUGGCAUGAUUUCAUUCUUUCUUAUUGCCAAGGAGUAUUCCUUGUAUAUAUAAACCACAUCCUCUUUAUCCAUUCUUCAGUUGAUGGACACUUAGGCUCUUUCUGUAGUUUGGCUAUUGUUGAAAGUGCUGCUAUAAACAUUGGGGUCCAAGUGCCCCUAUGCAUCAGCACUCCUGUAUCCCUCGGGUAAACUCCUAGCAGUGCUACUGCUGGAUCAUAGGGUAGAUCUAUUUUUAAUUUUUUCCGGAACCUCCACACAGUUUUCCAGAGCGGCUGCACCAGUUUGCAUUCCC